AUGAAGCUCUUUGUGCUGGCUGUUCUGCUUACAGUGGGUGCUGCUGGGAGUGGCAUCAGCCCGCGAGCAGUAUGGCAGUUCCGCAACAUGAUCAAGUGCGCGAUCCCCAACAGUAAUCCCUUGAAAGAAUACAACGACUACGGCUGCUACUGCGGCCUGGGCGGAUCAGGCACCCCUGUGGACGAAUUGGACACGUGCUGUCAGACACACGACCAAUGCUACGACCGGGUUAAGAAUCUGAGUAGCUGUACAUUCCUCCUGGACAACCCCUACACCAAUAACUACUCAUACAAAUGCUCUGGAUCUGAUAUCACCUGCAGCAGCAGCAACGAAGAGUGUGAGGCCGUCCUCUGCAACUGUGACCGCAGUGCUGCCAUCUGCUUUUCAAAGGCCCCAUACAACGAGGAGCACAAGAGCCUGGACAAAAAGAAGUACUGUCAGAGCUGA